AUGGAACGUCCAGCACCAAAUCCCAUUCUGCUGCGUGGAGAGCAACGGCCUAAUGUAGAUGACGUACCAUUAUUCUCUUCCUCCUAUUAUCAAGUCUGUAGUGAUCUUAGUGAGGAGAAUCGUAAACUGAAGGAAGAACUCCGUGCUGCCAGAGAACGUAUGGGUGUACUUGAGGAUACUUUAUCAACCCUAUUAUCACGUGGAGCAUUACCGCGCUAUUCACAGUUCCUACCGCCGUAUUUCAUCGCACGGCAUCAAAGGACACUCGCAGCCAUUGAUGUCUACGGGGAACAAUACCGUGAAGCCGUACGACGCGGUCUCCUUUCUGUAGAAUAG